AUGGUGACGUCGGCGGGAGGAGCAGGGCAAGGGCAAGAGAAAUCGCAUGAAAGCGGCGAGGAUAAGAACGAGAGAGAGCAGGAUGAGGAGGGAGAUCAGUAUCCGGGCAAUGACGGUCCCGCGGAGGGAGGAAAAUACGUUAGAUACACGAGCGAACAGGUGGAGGUGUUGGAAAAAGUCUAUAAGGAAUGUCCGAAACCCAGCUCCGUCCGGCGAUCGCAGCUUAUCAAAGAAUAUCCCGUGCUCUCGAACAUCGAGCCGAAGCAGAUCAAAGUCUGGUUCCAGAACCGAAGAUGUCGCGAGCGGCAGCGGAUGGAGUACAGUCGGCUGCAGAGCAUGAACUCGCGGCUCUCGGCGCUCAACAAGCUGCUCGUGGAGGAGAACGAGCUCUCCACGCGCAAGAUCUCCCAACUCACGCUCGAAAACAUGCUCCUGCGACAGCAGGUCGCACGGCUGGAAGCGUCGCAGCAGCUCGGCGGACCACAGCUCGGCGGACCGUCGCCGGGUUCUGCAGCGGUGAAAACUGCUCCGUGGCUACUCGUGCCGCCGUCCAUCGCUCAGCUGUUCCGCACUCUCCUGCCAUACCCUCUCCCAACCCAACUCGAAACCAUUCCCGCCCAAAUCCCUCUCUCUCCCUCGCCGUUCUCUCAACCCCCAGCUCGUCUCAUUCCCGCUCUCGUUCUCUCCCCCCUCCCCUGCUCCCCCUCCUUCCCCCCCAUCCCUUGGCAUCAGCCGGUUCUACCCCCCGGAAUACACCCGGGUCUGCCCCUGGGUCAGCCAGACAUCUUUUCCCAGCUACAGGCAGCUGCGCUAGGAGGGGUGGGAGGUGUGGGAGGAGUGGGAGGGGUGGGAGGUGUGGGAGGGGUAGGAGGUGUAGGAGGGGAUCUGCCAACCAACCAUAGAGAACCAAGUCUCCUUGCAACCCCGUCGUCCACUUGUGACCCGGUUCCUUCUUGCCUCCUGCUCUAUUACCUGCCCCUUCCUUGCCCUUCCCCUGCCACCAUUCCUUGUGCCCGUUUUUCCCCUUCCUCCCUCCCUCCCUCCCUUCCCCACCCCCCCACGCCCUUCCCCCCCCCGUCCCCGUCUCCCUCUACCCCUCACCCCCCCAGCCUGCUGCCCAUAGCGGAGCAAAUUUUAUCCGAUUUCCUGGCCGUUGAGGUGUAUUUUGAGGCGCCUCAAUGGCCAACGCCACUGGCGCGUCCAUGGAAUUCUCAUGCCCCUGCCACUUCCCUGACCGUUCCCGUUCUCCUCCUGCCCUCGUGCCUUGUCUCCCUCCCUGUGUUCCCUUCACCCCCGUUGCCCUCCAGCCUGCUGCCCAUAGCGGAGCAGAUCCUGUCCGAGUUCCUGGCGAAGGCCACUGGCACGUCCAUGGACUUCGUUGAGAUGCCGGGCGUCAAGGCCACUGGCACGUCCAUGGACUUUGUUGAGAUGCCGGGCGUCAAGGUGAGGCGAGUGGGGAAGAGAGGUGGGAAGGCGGGGAAUGGUUUCUGUGGUUUAGACUCUCUGAAGGCUGUUGGCACGUCCAUGGGCCUUGUUGAAAUACUUGGAGCAAAGGUCGGAGCAGGCUACAUAGGCAAGGUCACCAUUGCAUGUGGAGGGCCUGGUGUUGCUGCUCGGGCGGCUGGCCUCGUCCUGCUGCCGCCCAGCAAGGCAGCAGAGCUGCUAAAGGACCGAGUGGCAUGGCUGAGGGAGUGCCGCCGCUGUGAUGUAACAGGUGGCAGGGGGGCUCCUCACAUCUGUAUGCAAAUCUUUCCGUUUCAUCACCCCUUGCAGGCAGCAGAGCUGCUUAAGGACCGAGCAGCAGAGCUGCUAAAGGACCGAGUGGCGUGGCUGAGGGAGUGCCGCCGCUGCGACGUGCUGGGGGGCUUCCGCACGCCCAAUGGGGGCACUGUUGAGCUCGUCUACACCCAGAUGUAUGCUCCAACCACGUUGGCCCCUCCGCGUGACCUCUGCACUUUACGCUACACCUCCCUCCUGGAGGACGGCGUGGUCAUCUGCGAGCGGUCCCUCAGCAACGCGCACGGGGGCGCGUCCAUGCCGGCUGUGCCGUCGUUCGUGCGAGCAGAGAUGCUCCCCAGCGGCUACCUCAUCCGCCAGUGCGACGGGGGAGGCUCUGUCAUCAUUGCUGUUGACCACCUCGACCUGCAGGCGUCCAGUGUACCAGAGGUGCUGCGGCCGCUGUACCAGUCGUCGGCAGCGCUGGCACACCGAAUGACCAUAGAGGCCCUGCGCCACCUGCGCAAGGUGGCCAACGAGGGGUCGGGAGGGGGCGGUGGUGAGGCCACCAGCGGGGAGGGCGGGGCGGCGGGCAGCAGGGCUGAGUCGGGGCGGCCGCAGGACCGGCAGCUGACAGCGUGGCGCGCGAUCGCAGAGCGCAUCGCCAUGGGAUUCAACGAGGCCGUGAAUGGGUUUACAGACGACGGGUGGGAGCAGAUGCAAGGAGACGGCAUGGAUGACGUCACCCUUGCUGCCAGAGCCACAGGCGCCGGGGGGAAGGCCGCAGGGGGGAUGGGGGGAGGGGCAGAUGCGCCUGGGCCCGUGGGCGGGGGAGUGCUGUGCGCCAAGGCAUCCAUGCUGCUGCAGAACGUGUCCCCGAACGUCUCCCCAGUGCUGCUGAUCAAGUUCCUGCGUCACCAUCGCUCCGAGUGGGCAGACGGUACGAUAGAUGCCGACUCAGCAGCAGCCGUGCAGGCGACCAUGGGUGCCCGCGCUGCUGCUGCUGGCGCGGGGAAAGUGCCUCUGCCACUCGCCUAUGCUGUUGACCAGGAGGAGAGAGAGAGAGAGAGAGCGGGUGGGCUGGCUGGUAUGAUGGGUUCAGCAGCGGCAGAGCAGGCCACCAUGGGUGCUCGCGCUGCUGCUGCUGGAGGGACUGGGAACGUGCCUCUGCCACUCGCCUAUGCUGUUGGUAAGGAAGAGGACCAAGUUUCUCGAGCUCGUGAAGCUCGAGCCAGCUGCUGCCACACGAGGGAUGGCAAGAGCGAGAGAAACGUUUCUGCUGCAGUCUCCUCCUCUCCCCCUUUCCCGCUUUUCAGCCGCACUCUCUUUCUCUUCUCUAUUCCGUUUUGCUUCUCCCCGUUCCCCUCACUCUUCGCCCCACCCACCCCGCUUUCCUACCUACCCUCCCUUCUUGCCGCUCCUCCCUACUCCCCCUCCCUCCUCCCCGCUUCCACUUGUUCUCCCCUCCCCAUCCCCCCUCCCCUCUUCUCUCUUCCUCUCCCCCUCCCCUCUCCCCCGUUUUCCCAUGUGAUAUCGCAGCUCUGCAGCGGCAUCGAGGACGAAAGCACGUCAGGCUCCACGUCAGCAUCAUCCGCCACGUCAGCGCCGCCGCACAGCGCGACAGCUCAGCUGGUCUUUGCCCCCGUGGACGCAGCUUCCACGGCCGACACCGUUCCGCUGCUGCCAUCUGGCUUCCGAGUCAUCCCGCUCUCAUUACCACCCUCCCAGGUUGGUAUUUCCUCUUCCGCGGCUCAUUGCUCUUCACACCCUGUGGACGCAGCUUCCACAGCCGGCACUGUGCCUCUCCUGCCAUCUGGCUUCCGAGUCAUCCCGCUCUCAUUGCCACCCUCCCAGGACGGGCAAACGCUAGACCUGGCAGCAUCAUUAGACAAGCAGUCGCAGCCGGCCCAGCAGCAGCAGCUGCGAUCAGUGCUCACCAUCGCCUUCCAGUUCGUGUUUGACUGCCCGGCAGCCAAGGAGGGGGUGGCCAACACUGCCAGGCAGUAUCUGGGAAAUCUCGGCCUGCCAGGGCUUUCAACCGGCGGGCAGGGAGCAACAGGAAUGGGGAGUCAAGGAGCGGGUUCAAGCCUGGGGCUGAAUUCAAACCCAGCUGCUGCUGCUGCCGCUGCGGCUGCUGCAGCAGCAGGUACGAACAGUGGGGCCCUAGGGUUCCCUGGUGCUUCCCUUGCUGGUCUCAACAUCCCCGGUCUCGGGGGGCUUUAUUCCAAUACCCCUGGAUUUGGAGGGUUACAAUCCAACAACCCCUCCGGUCUCAACGCCUCUGGUCUAAACACAUCAGGAUUCCCAGGAGGCUUUCCUGCAGGGAUGAAUGCAGCACUGCUUGCAGGACCCUCCUCCUCCUCUGCUGCCCCCACCACCACUGCUGCCACCGCUGCCGCUGCUGCUGGUGCCACGGGUGCUGCAGCGUUUUCUGCCUUGGCAUCUGGCCUCGGUAUUGGUUCUUUUGGCAACAUGAACGGGCAAGGAGUGGGCGGUUUGAACGGGCAGGGAGGCCUGAUGAAUCAAGGAGUGCUGGGGGGGUUAGGAAUGGGAGUGGGAUCUCUUGAUCCCAAUCGCUCCCCCCCUGUCCCUCUCCCCUCUACUGCUGCUGCUGGUUCCUUCCAAACUGCUGCCGCUGCUGCAGCUAAUGCAGCAGCGGCUAAUAACGCUGCGGCUGCAGCGGCAGCAGCAGGGAAUCUUAGAUCUCCUGACGCUCGGCCGCCCGGCAUGCCCAGCAUGGCCGGACGGCUCCAUCCGUCUGCAUCUGGCGCAGCUACAGUCGCUACAGCCUCUGCCGCCCGGUCCCCCAGUGGUGCUGUAGCAGCCCUGGCGGGAGGCGCGGGGGAUGUUUCCGGACCUAGCCGCGUGGUUGGGGACGGCUCUGGACCUAACCGUCUGGGUGGGGAGGGUUCGGCUGCAUUGGGGGUGAUAGGCAUGGGAAUGGGGAUCGGGGGAGGGUUGGGAGAGGUGAAAGGGGGAGGAAUGGGGGGAGGGGGGGCAGGAGCGGGAGGAGGGGUUGGGGAUAAUGGGAGAGGGUUAGGCGAUUCUAUGUCGACUCAAAAGUCAACUCCUACAUCCAUCAUUUCUCCACACUUCCCCCCUCCCCCCCCCUCCCCUUUCUUUCGUCCCUCUCCCCCCCCGUCCUCCCUCUCCCCCCCCCUCCUCCGUCUCCCCCCCCCUCCUCCCUCUCCCCCUCCCUCCUCCCUCUCCCCUUGUCCUUCCCUUCCUCACCAUGGCAGGGUGGCAGUGGGGUCAGACCUGUCGCCAGCAGCAGGGGCAGCGCUAGCAGGGGGGGACUUGUCACGCCUGCUGAGAGUGUUGUGGGAGCACCGCGACGCCAUCAUUUGCAUCGCCUGGCGGGCAUCGCCAGAGCUGCUCCUAGCAAAUCAAUCGGGGUUGGACAUGCUUGCCACGUCAGCAGCUGACCUGUCCAAGGUGCCUUGGGAGAAGACCAUGGCUGACGAGGACGCUCGCUGCACUGCUGUCGCUGCCAUGUCACAAGCCAUACAGCAGCCUAGUUAUACGGUAUCGGUAGCCAUGGGGAACCAGGAGAAGCUCAUGGACCAGAUUUUCCAGCUUAAGUUCACGUCGAAGACGCUAGUCCGUCAAGCGAAGAAGUGCGAGAAAGAGGAGAAGGAGCAGAAGCUUAAGGUUAAAAAAGCCAUCGAAAAGGGCAACAUGGAAGGCGGCAAGAUUUACGCUCAAAACGCCAUCAGGAAGCGCUCCGAGCAGCUGAACUACCUCCGCUUAUCCAACCGCUUAGACGCGGUUAUCGCGCGUCUGGAUACCCAAGCCCGGAUGAACACCAUCACGACUUCCAUGGGAAGCAUUGUGAAGGUUCUGGAUUCCGCGCUCGCGAGCAGCAACCUGCAGAAGAUUUCGGAGACGAUGGACGUGUUCGAGCGGCAAUUUGUGAACAUGGAGGUGCAGUCGCAGUUCGUGGAGAACGCGAUGCACAGCAGCACGGCGCUGUCGACGCCCGAGGAGGACGUCAACAUGCUCAUGCAACAGGUGGCAGACGAACAUGGAUUGGAGGUGCAGAUUGGCCUACCAGGUGCUGCCACGAGUGCUUUGCCAUCCAGAGAAGCUCAGACCAAUGCUGAGGACGACUUGACAAGGCGAUUGGCAGAACUGAAGAACAGGUCAUAA